CGAGGUGGAGCCGGGCGCUGUGAGGAACUCGGGUGCACCGCGGUGAGGGUGACACACCAUGGUCACGGUCCCCGGAGGUCUCCGCGGUGCAGACGAGCAACACUCCGGGGCUCCUCCGUCCGCCUCAGCCACCUGGGCCGUAUCGCGCGAGGGCCGCCGCUCUUGAGGCGCCUCGCGGGAGGCUUCGGACGAAGUCGCUGCGGAGCUCGGCUGGGGUCGCCGUCGGGCGGCGUUUCGGAGGCGCGGCGCGGGAGGAGAUGCUGCUUCCCUUGUCCCCGGCCCCAGGCUCCGCUUCGGCCCCUUCGGCUCACGCCCGCAGCCGCUCGGAGAAAAAGCGGCGGCUCUCGGCGGCCGCCCACACCACUUCCCCGCAGCCUACGCGCCGCGCUCCGGUGGCCGCGGCCGAGUUCCCCACGCGCCGGUAAUAUGCAUGUGUCACUAGCAGAGGCCCUGGAGGUUCGGGGCGGACCACUUCAGGAGGAAGAAAUAUGGGCUGUAUUGAACCAAAGUGCUGAAACUCUCCAAGAAUUAUUCAGAAAAGUGAGUAUUACUGAUCCUGCUGGCCUUGGCUUCAUCAUUUCUCCAUGGUCUCUGCUGUUGCUGCCAUCUGGUAGUGUGUCCUUUACAGAUGACAAUAUUUCCAGUCAGGACCUUCGAGCAUUCACUGCACCAGAAGUUCUUCAAAACCACUCUCUGACUUCUCUCUCAGAUGUUGAAAAGAUCCAUAUUUAUUCCCUUGGAAUGACAUUGUAUUGGGGGGCUGAUCAUGAAGUACCUCAAAGCCAACCCAUCAAGCUUGGAGAUCAUCUUAACAGCAUACUGCUGGGCAUGUGUGAGGAUGUCGUGUAUGCUCGCGUUUCUGUUCGGACUGUCCUGGAUGCUUGCAGUGCCCACAUUAGAAACAGCAACUGUGCACCUUCAUUUGCCUAUGUGAAACAGUUGGUAAAGCUAGUUCUGGGAAAUAUUUCUGGGACGGAUCAGCUUUCCCGUAGCAGUGAACAAAAGCCUGAUCGAAGCCAGGCUAUUCGAGACCGAUUGAGAGGAAAAGGAUUGCCAACAGGAAGAAGCUCUACUUCUGAUGUACUAGACAUACACAAGGCUUCAUUCUCUCAUCAGACCUUUCUUAACAAAGGGCUUAGUAAAUCUAUGGGAUUUCUGUCCAUCAGAGAUACACAGGAUGAGGAAGAUUGUUUCAAGAACAUUUCAUCUGAUAAUUCUGGGCAUGAAGAUUCUGAAAAUAUUUGCUCCCCUUACCAGUUCAAAACUAGUGGUCCACAAAAAAAGCUUACUGCUGGAAUUGAUAUGCUUUCUAAGAAGAAGAUCUGGGCUUCAUCCAUGGACUUGCUUUGUACAGCUGAUAAAGAGUUUACUGGAGAGACUGGCAGGUACCAACACUGUCACCCCGAGGCAAUGGCAGGAUGGACUUCAACAACCACUAGAAAAAAAGAGGCAAGAUAUUCUGAUGGAAGUAUUGCCUUGGAUGUCUUUGGCCCUCAGAAAGUGGAACCAGCAUACCACACUCAAGAAUUGCCCUCCUCCUCUGCAGUAAUAAGUGCAUUGGACCGAAUUCGAGAGAGACAAAAGAAACUUCAAGUUCUGAGAGAAGCCAUGAAUGUGGAAGAACCAGCUCAAAGAUACAAAACGUACCACAAUGAUAUCUUUAGUACCUCCAGCGAAAGUCCAUCUAUUAUUUCCUCUGAAUCAGAUUUCAGACAAGUGAGAAGAAGUGAAGCUGCCAAGAGGUUUGAAGCCAGCAGUCUCCCGGGAGUAGAUGAAACUCUGAGUCAGGGCCAGUCACAGAGACCAAGACAAUAUGAAACACCUCUUGAAGGCAACUUAAUCAAUCAGGAGAUGAUGCUAAAACGACAAGAAGAAGAAAUGAUGCAGCUGCAAGCCAGGAUGGCCCUCCGACAGUCUCGGUUGAGCCUGUACCCAGGAGACACAAUCAAAGCUUCCAUGCUUGACAUCUCCAGGGAUCCGCUAAGAGAAAUUGCCCUAGAAACAGCCAUGACCCAGCGGAAACUGAGGAAUUUCUUUGGCCCCGAGUUUGUGAAAAUGACCAUUGAACCAUUUAUAUCUUUGGAUUUGCCACGUUCUAUUCUUACCAAGAAGGGAAAGAAUGAGGAUAGCCGGAGAAAAGUAACCAUAAUGCUUCUGAGUGGGCAGAGGCUGGAGCUGACCUGUGACACCAGGACUGUAUGCAAAGAUGUCUUUGAUAUGGUCGUGGCCCAUAUUGGCUUAGUGGAGCACCAUUUGUUUGGUUUAGCUACCCUCAAAGAAAAUGAGUAUUUCUUUGUUGAUCCUGACUUAAAAUUAAACAAAGUGGCCCCAGAGGGAUGGAAAGAAGAACCAAAGAAAAAGGGCAAAGCCACUGUUGAUUUUACUUUGUUUUUCCGAGUUAAAUUUUUCACGGAUGAUGUUAGUCUGAUACAGCACAACCUAACUUGUCAUCAGUAUUACCUUCAGCUGCGAAAAGACAUUCUGGAGGAGAGGACACACUGUGAUGACGAGACGGCCUUACUGCUUGCAUCCUUGGCUCUCCAGGCCGAGUAUGGAGAUUACCAGCCAGAAGUUCAUGGUGUGUCUUACUUUCGCCUGGAGCAUUAUUUGCCUGCCAGAGUGAUGGAGAAGCUUGAUUUAUCCUACAUUAAAGAAGAGUUGCCCAAAUUGCAUAACACCUAUGUGGGAGCUUCUGAAAAAGCGACAGAGUUAGAGUUUUUAAAGGUCUGCCAGAGACUGACAGAAUAUGGAGUUCAUUUUCACCGGGUACACCCUGAGAAAAAGUCACAAACGGGAAUUCUGCUUGGAGUCUGUUCUAAAGGUGUCCUUGUGUUUGAAGUUCACAAUGGAGUUCGUACCUUGGUCCUUCGCUUUCCAUGGAGGGAAACAAAAAAGAUUUCUUUUUCUAAAAAGAAAAUCACAUUACAAAAUACAUCAGAUGGAAUAAAGCAUGCCUUCCAGACAGACAGCAGUAAGGUGUGCCAGUACCUGUUGAACCUCUGCUCUUCCCAGCAUAAGUUCCAGCUACAGAUGAGAGCAAGACAGAGCAACCAAGAGGUCCAAGACAUUGAGAGAGCUUCGUUUAGGAGCCUGAAUCUGCAAGCAGAGUCUGUUAGAGGAUUUAAUAUGGGACGAGCAAUCAGCACUGGCAGUCUGGCCAGCAGCACCCUCAACAAACUUGCCGUUCGACCCCUGUCAGUUCAAGCUGAGAUUCUGAAGAGGCUAUCCUGCUCAGAGCUGUCGCUUUACCAGCCAUUGCAAAACAGUUCAAAAGAGAAGAGUGACAAACCUUCAUGGGAGGAAAAGCCUAGAGGGAUGAGUAAAUCCUACCAUGAUCUCAGUCAGGCCUCUCUCUAUCCUCAUCGGAAGCAGGUCAUUGUUAACAUGGAGUCCCCACCACAAACUGUUGCGGAGUUGGUGGGAAAACCAUUCCACCCGAUGGCAAGAUCUGACACAGAAUCUUUGGCAGGACUCACAAAACUUCCUAAUUCAAAGUCUGUUGCAAGUUUAAAUAGAAGCCCUGAAAGGAGGAAACAUGAAUCAGACUCAUCCACUGAAGACCCUGGUCAAGCAUAUGCUAUAGGAAUGACUUUGCCUAGUUCUGGAAAUUCUUCAUCCCAAGUACCUUUUAAAGAAAAUGAUAUACUAUACAAAAGAUGGAGCAUUAUAUCGUCACCAGAAAGGGAGAUCACCUUGGUGAACCUGAAAAAAGACACAAAGCAUGGCUUAGGAUUUCAAGUUAUUGGUGGGGAAAAGAUGGGCAGACUGGAUCUAGGUGUAUUUAUCAGUUCAGUUACCCCUGGAGGACCAGCUGACUUGGAUGGAUGCUUACAGCCAGGAGACCGUUUGAUAUCUGUGAAUAGUGUAAGUCUGGAGGGGGUCAGCCACCAUGCUGCAGUGGACAUUCUGCAGAAUGCACCUGAAGAUGUGACACUUGUCAUUUCCCAGCCAAAAGAAAAAUUAUCCAAAGUGCCUUCUACUCCUGUGCAUUUUGCCAAUGGGAUGAAAAAUUACAUGAAGAAACCUUCCUACCUGCAAAGUGGUGCGGUAGAUCCUUCUUCCGAGGACUGGCCACGUGGCACCCUGAGGCACAUCACAGAAAGUUCCUUUGGGCUCUCUGGGGGCCUGUGGGAAGGAAGCCUUAGUUCCCAGGAUUCCAGGACUGAGAGUGCCAGCUUGUCCCGGAGCCAGGUCAAUGGUUUCUUUGCCAGUCACUUAGGUGACCGAGCCUGGCAAGAAUCACAACAUGGCAGCCCUUCCCCAUCCAUAAUAUCCAAAGCCACUGAGAAAAAGACUUCCUCUGACAGCAACCAAAGCAAAGUUAAAAGGCCAGGACUUUCUGAUUUGACCGAUUACACUGACCAUAACGGCUCAGACGUAGAUGAAGCCACUUAUUCCAGCAGUCGGGAUCAUCAAACACCAAAAAAGGAAUCUUCCUCCUCAAUGAGUACAUCCAACAAAAUGAAUUUUAAAACCUUUCCUUCAUCACCUCUUAGACCUGGAGAUAUCUUUGAGGUUGAACUGGCUAAAAAUGAUAACAGCUUGGGGAUAAGUGUCACGGUACUGUUUGACAAGGGAGGUGUAAAUACCAGUGUCCGGCAUGGUGGCAUUUAUGUGAAAGCUGUUAUUCCCAAGGGAGCAGCAGAGUCAGAUGGUAGAAUUCACAAAGGGGAUCGUGUGCUAGCUGUCAAUGGAAUAAGUCUAGAAGGAGCUACCCAUAAGCAAGCUGUGGAAACACUAAGAAAUACAGGACAGGUGGUUCAUCUCUUGCUAGAAAAGGGGCAGUCACCAGCACCCAAAGAACAUGUUCCUUUAAGCCCACAGUACACUCUUUCAGACCAAGACACCCAAGGUCAAGACCCAGAAAUAACAGUGAAGAAAACCAGUCAUGUCAAGGACUACAGCUUUGUCACCGAAGAAAAUACAUUUGAAGUAAAACUGUUUAAAAAUAGCUCAGGCCUAGGAUUCAGUUUUUCUCGAGAACAUAAUCUUAUACCAGAACUAAUGAAUGCCAGCAUAGUAAGGGUUAAAAAGCUCUUCCCUGGACAGCCAGCCGCAGAGAGUGGAAAAAUUGAUGUUGGAGAUGUUAUCUUGAAAGUGAAUGGAGCCUCACUGAAAGGUCUAUCUCAACAGGAAGUCAUAUCUGCUCUGAGGGGGACAGCUCCAGAAGUCUCCUUGCUUCUCUGUAGACCCCCACCUGGGGUGCUUCCGGAAAUCGAUACUGCUCUUUUGACCCCACUCCACUCUCCAGCACAAGUACUUCUAAACAGCAGUAAAGAACCUUCUCAACCAUCAUGUGUGGAACAAGGCACCAGCUCAGAUGAAAAUGAAAUGUCUGACAGAAGCAAGAAACAAUGCAAGUCCCCAUCCAGGAAGGAUAGUUACAGUGACAGCAGUGUGAGUGGAGAGGACGACAUUGUGAGAGCUCCAGCACAGAUGCCCUGUAUGACCUUGACUUCAGCUUUGAAUCAGACUCUAAACAACACGGUGUCACAGGCACACAAUCAACUUGAAGCACCCAAAACUCAAGAACCCGCUUGUACCAUGUUUUACUAUCCUCUGAAAAUAUCCAACAAACCAGAAUUUGAGAGCAGCCAUCCUUCUCCUCUGCCUCUGGUUGUGAGUCCUGGACAGAGCUGUCAACACCAAUCAGAAUGUACUUCUGAUUCCAUUGGUAAAUGUCAUACACAUCUCACUUCUGAACUGAAUGCACAAGAAAACAGGACAAAUUUGGAAAAUGACUUGGAAAAUCACCUUGAAGACUGUGAGCUGGAAGUCGAGCUUCUCAUUACGCUAAUUAAAUCAGAAAAAGGAAGUCUAGGUUUUACAGUAACCAAAGGCAAUCAGAGUACUGGUUGCUAUGUCCAUGAUGUCAUACAGGAUCCAGCCAAAAGUGAUGGAAGGCUAAAGCCUGGGGACAGGCUCAUAAAGGUUAAUGACACAGAUGUUACAAACAUAACUCACACUGAUGCCGUGAAUCUGCUCCGAGCUGCACCCAAGACAGUCAGAUUAGUUCUUGGACGGAUUCUAGAAUUACCCAAGAUGCCAGUGUUGCCCCAUUUGCUACCUGACAUUACGUUAACGUGCAACAAAGAGGAGUUGGGAUUUUCCUUAUCUGGAGGUUGUGGCAGUCUACAUCAAGUUGUAUAUAUUAGUGAUAUUAGCCCAAGGUCAGUUGCAGCUGUUGAAGGUAAUCUCCAGCUAUUAGAUAUCAUCCAUUAUGUGAACGGAGUCAGCACGCAAGGAAUGACCUUGGAAGAAGCUAACAGAACAUUGGAACUGUCACUUCCCUCAGUGGUGCUGAAAGCAACAAGAGAUGGUUAUCCAGUGGUCCCCAGUUCAAAGAGAUCUGCCACUUCAAUACCAACAUCAGCCAAAGUCAACGGCCAUCCCAGUGAGGAACCCUGUGUCCAGCCUGCCCUCACACCCAAGAAUUCAUUCUCCAAGGUUAAUGGGGAAGAAGUAAUCGAAGCUGUGUACACUGGAGAAAAAUGCUCUGCGUCUCAGAUGAAGGGAUCCACAGACUUGACUGAAACCAAAGAGUCUGAUCCACAUGAUGAUGACAUCUAUGAUGAUCCUCAAGAAGCUGAAGUGAUCCAGUCCCUGCUAGAUGUUGUGGAUGAGGAAGCCCAGAACCUUAUAAAUCAGAGUAAUACCACAGGUACAGUAAAGACAGAUGAGAAAGUGGCAGAAGAGAGAGCAGAGGAUACAGACUGUGAUGGUUCACCUUUACCUGAGGACUGCUCUGAGUCUGCUCAAACGAAUGGCUGUGAAGGAAAAGGCAGCAGUGAAAGCUUAACUCAGAUGUCACAAGAAACGAAGUAUGAAGUGGAAGACAAAAUAACAUGGGGAAGCAGUGAAUUGCCAGGAGAAACAGCAAACUAUGAAGAUUCUGACAAAGAUCACCUCUUUCUGACCACUGAGGAGCUGGCUGCCCUCCCAGUAGUCAGAGUUCCUCCCUCUGGCAAGUACACUGGCACCAAGUUAAAAUCUAUCAUCCGCAUGCUGCGAGGUUUGCUUGACCAAGGAAUCCCUUCUAAGGAGCUGGAGAAUCUUCAAGAAUUAAAACCUUUGGAUCAGUGUCUAAUUGGACAGACUAAGGAAAACCGAAAGAAGAACAGAUACAAAAAUAUUCUUCCUUAUGACACCACAAGAGUGCCUCUUGGAGAUGAAGGAGGAUACAUCAAUGCCAGCUUCAUCCGGAUCCCAGUGGGAACAGAAGAGUUUGUCUACAUUGCCUGCCAGGGGCCUCUGCCCACCACUGUAGGGGAUUUCUGGCAGAUGGUUUGGGAGCAGAACUCCACAGUGAUAGCCAUGAUGACACAAGAAGUAGAAGGAGAAAAAAUCAAGUGCCAGCGCUACUGGCCAAAUGUCCUCGGCAAAACAACCAUGGCUAACGACAGACUGCGCCUGGCCCUGGUGAAAAUGCAACAACUGAAGGGCUUUGUCAUGAGGGUGAUGACCUUGGAGGAUAUUCAGACAGGAGAGGUACGACAUAUUUCUCAUCUGAAUUUCACUGCCUGGCCAGACCACGAUACACCCUCCCAGCCAGAUGACCUGCUCACUUUCAUCUCUUACCUAAGACACGUCCAUAGGUCAGGCCCAGUCAUCACACACUGCAGUGCUGGCAUUGGACGUUCAGGGACCCUGAUAUGCAUAGAUGUGGUCCUAGGGUUGAUCAGCCAAGAUCUUGAGUUCGACAUCUCUGAUUUAGUGCGCUGUAUGAGACUACAGCGGCAUGGCAUGGUUCAGACAGAGGAUCAAUAUAUUUUUUGCUAUCAAGUCAUCCUCUAUGUCCUGACACGUCUUCAAGCCAAGGAAGAACAGAAAGAUGGAUCUCAGCUUCCAAAGUGAUGUGUAGAGAGCAGCCCUCCAGCUUCUCUACCUCUGCUUGACUCCAGCCCACUCCUGCUCUCCACUCAAACAAGGGCAGCAAGGCCACCCCGUGCUUGUUCUUCCUCAGAGGAGGGGCGUUCUCCAUAAAGAUAAGGAGUGUCGACAUGCUGUGUUCUCACAGCCACUUUAACCUUGAUAAUAAGUUUGAGAACCUUAUCAAAACUCGGUUAACACUAACUGAACAAAGCGGAGCUGAAGACUCAAGGCAGCGUUUGAUCAUAGUGGACAUUGUUACAAGGACACACUUAAAUCUAUUUUUAAUGUACCAAAUCUUGUUUAUAGCAAAAAAUUUUUCCAGUAUUUUAAUAAAGUAGAGUUAUUUUAUAGGGGAUACUUGAAACCAGUAUUUAAGCUUUAAAUGACAGUAAUAUUGGCAUAGAAAAAAUGUUUACUGUAUCAGUUUCUAAUGUUUACCAUAUAUAAAUUUCUGUAAUAUAUUAUAUACUUUUUCAUGAAAAUGGAAUUAUCAGAUACUUCUUUGUAACUGCAUCAUCUAUUUGUAAUGCAUCAUCUCACUUUGUAAAUAAAAAUACAUCUUAAAACAAGGCCGAGGCAAA